AGAUCCCUUCAGAUUGCCCACCCAAACACCGGAAGUGUUGCUCUAAUCUUGGCAGUUUUAAAUGGCCACAAGCCUAUAGUUGAAGCCAUACUUGAUUACUCUUUGAAUACGAUCAAUAUGCAUGACAACGAGGGACGAACCGCGCUGCAUUACGCGGCCGCUUUAUAUGGGCUCAAUCAAGAUCCGUCUCUAUACUUCAUAUUGUUGGAGAAAGGGGCCAAAGAUAAUCUGCCGGAUUCUGAGGGGUUCACAGCUCAAGAUGUGCGCAAUAAUCCGGGAUUGAUUGAUAUGGAUAGAGCCAGAUACACGAAUGUUUAUCCGGUUCCCCGUGAAACCGAGUGGGAAGUAAGAUUCGCCUCAAAGACUCCACAAGACUUCAUGAAUGACAUCAUCAACGGAGUUCUCGAUAUGACUCAUGUACCAAACAUUCCAGAACAUACUGAACUUAUCAAGACGUUGACCCUUCUUCAGUCUCAAGUUCUCGGUAUUUGGGAUGCAGUGGCAGCUGAAGAUGACCGUAGUCUCAAACAAUUGAUUUGUGAGAGAAGAAUGGGUUUGGUACGAGAUCGAGAUGGACGUACACCCCUUCAUCAUGCCUACAUAAAACGACGGAAUGAGCUCAUCGACUACUUACUCUACAUCUGUCCAGAAUCAGCGGAUAUCAAAGAUAAGCGCGGCAAAACACCAAUCGAGUACAGCCCUGUGAAGCCUCCACAGCUUGUUGAGCCAACGACUACUGUCCCCGAUACUUUGUUGGCAAUUCCUAAUAGAGAACGCAGGCCAUCACGAACCGCUCUGCUGCAUAAGGAAAGAUUCCAUCUGCCGGCUGAAGAGAAGGCGGCGGCCAGAAAGAGAUCGAGGAGUGAGCAUAAUAUGAGAAGUCGUGAUCCGGAUUCACCAGAAGGAUUCGAACCAGAUGUGCUCAGCAGAAUUCAAAAUAGUGAGAUCAGAAACAAAGAUUAUACAGUUUUGGAGCAGCUUCAGAUUGAGGGAAAAGGAGAUCAAAUUUGGAGAGCAACAAAGCACAGCAAUACCCAAUUGUCCCGUCAUGUUCAAGAGUUCCGUCAAAUUCAGAAUCGGCUUAGCAGUGCAAUUGAGGCAAUUGAGCAGAAUGAAGCGAGACGUUUGGAUCAGUUAGUUGACGAAGAUGUGAUGAAAACGAGAGAUCACAGAGGAAUGCGUCUACUUCAUGUUGCCGUUUUGAAAGAGAAACAUGAAAUUGUCGAGAAUUUGGCCAUUCAUUUCUCAAACCAAAUCGAUUUGAAAGAUCCGCUCGGACGGACGGCUCUUCAUUACGCCGCCUGCAACAAUGCCAUUUACGACUCACUCGUCGAUCUAGGAGCACGCAAAGAUUUGCCCGAUCAAGACGGUAUCACUGCAGAAGAGUAUCGUCGGAAUCCAACUCGUCUUGUUCGACCACAGUCGGCUGUUUCUUCAGUAAUGCUUAGAUCGAUGUCAACUGAUGACGAGUUUUUUGAUCCAGGUGAGUCAAUGUUUUGGGGGUGUGGAACGGUUUUCGUUGACGAUAGUUGGAUAAAAAGGGAGGUAGGAAAUCAAGAAUUUAUGAUAUUUGAUAUUAGCCAUUUAUUUCGAGAUUCAUCGAAUUUCUUUCCAUUUUCAGAUGCACCAUCAGAGGAGCAAGUCGAUGAGUGGUUGGCAAUUGGAGAAGUCCUAAAACUGGAACAGAUUGUUCUCGAUGGAAGAGGUCACAUGCUCAAAGAGAAAAACACUGUGAAUGCAGCUAGCAAUGAAUUCUUGUCUGGACUCACACAGUAUCUUACCAAGAUUGAUGCAAUCCAUAAAGCAGUAGAGGAAGGAGACGUGAGAAGAGUCAAGUCUCUGAUUGAUAGGCCACUUCUUUCCACUGCAAGGGAUAACUACGGAAUGACACCAAUCCACAAAGCUCUUCUUCAUGGACAAACCAACACAGUCCGAUUUCUUCUGACCCGUUUUCCGAGCUGUGUGAACGCAACAGACGACGACUUGGUUCUUCGUUUCGUUUUCAAAUCCAAAAAAUUGAUUAAUUUUCCUUCAUUCCAGGCUGGUCGUACUCCUCUUCAUUAUGCUGCAGCUGAUCCGAAUGGUGAACAUAUGAUAAAAGUGCUUCAGAAGAGUGGAGGCGACGCAUUUAUUGAGGAUAAACACGGACAUACUCCAUUCUACUAUCGGACUCAUGGACAACGACUGAAUGUUCGGUCAAUGAAAGAUAAUGCAGUAAUGAAUCAAUUGAUUUCUGGGCAAUUGAGCAGACCAUUGCUACAAGAUUUAGAAGAAGACAUUUAUGAUUGGAUUCAUACUGGAAAUAUUGGAAAAUUAGAAGAACUAGUUUUAACUGGAUAUGCAGAUUUGUUGCUUGGAAGGAAUCAUGAAGUCGACGAUGCAGAUAGUAUUGGAUUCUUGAAUAACCGUAUAUUCCAGGCUAAAAUCCAAUCGAUCCACAAAGCAGUGGAAACUGGAAACCUCCGAGCUGUAAAGCUUCUUACCGAUCGUAAGAAGCUAUCGCUCUGCCGGGAUACUCGUGGACUUUCUCCACUUCAUAAAGCUAUAGUAUUCGAGAGAACUGAUAUUGCAAAGUAUCUGAUCAGAAACUAUCCACAAUCUGUUAAUGCUAUGGACCAGAAAAAGAGAACUCCUCUUCACUAUGCAGCAGCUCUGAAAGACGGCGGAUAUUUGUAUAAAGUGAUGAGAAAAUCUGGAGCUGAUCCCAAUAUUUAUGACUGCAAUGGUCGUCCUGCAAAAUACUACUUGAAACAUGCUGGAGAAAUCGAUUUGGCUGCAAUGAGAUUGGACACACGGGCUGCACUGAAACAAGUUUUACAUAAUAGAGUUGCUCCAAGCUAUCUAGAAUCUUCUAUUCAACAAUGGCUUCGUGAUGGACAGUUGGCAAAGUUGGAGCAACUUGUUUUGUCCGGAUGUGGAGACUUACUACAGAGUCGGACAUCGCCUCACACUGAAACGCAAGCGUUUUUGGACAGAUUGCCAGAGUAUAUGGAAAAAAUCGAUGGAAUUCACAGAGCGAUUAAAGAGGGAAAUUUGGAUGAAGUCAAAGAAUUGAUGAAAACGAAGAAGCUGGCAAUUGCCAGAGAUCGCUACGGGUGUACACCACUUCAUUCUGCUGUUGUUCAUGAGCAUACUGAUAUUGUUCGUUAUAUAGCAGGACACUAUAAUUCCGUUUUGAACGCGCCUGAUUAUAACAAAAGAACAGCAAUGCAUUAUGCAGCUGCUGCACGAGACGGAGGACAUUAUCUGAAAAUUCUUGGAAAGGCUGGCGCAGAUCCGAUGGCAGUGGAUAAUGAGGGACGAACACCAGAUUACUAUCGACGCAAUGCGGUUAUUGACUUGAAAUUGAUCAAGGAUAGAGAAGAAGAUUUUGAAAGAAUCAAUGAAGAAUAUCUGGAAGACGGAGGAAUUGUUGAUUCUGCUCCAGCUACACCAGAUUCGGGAAGUGAAGCAUCAUUCGUGGAUAGUGCACGAUUGUUAGAUGAGGAUGAGGAGAGCAUAGGGCUGCAUAAACUGGAAAAGACAAUGAAAGGAAGAAUUGAAAUGCCGACAUCGGAGAAUGGAGUAUAUCUUGCCAGAACUGUUGCACCUGUUCUGACAAAAGCUUUGGCUGAGGUAUUGCUCCGUCGACCAGCGGAUCCGAUUGGUUUUAUUGCCGAGUGGCUUUCAAAAUACGUUGGAGAAGGACCCCGUCGAAAUGGGAAC